AUGGCGGCGCCCUUCUCCGGAGCGGGAGCCGGGCCAGGCCCGGGACGCGACGGGACCGGACACCGAGGCGCGGUGCCGCAACGAGGUUGGUGGUCGGUGCCGCCCCGGGAAAGGACGGGGCGGGGCGGGCGGUCGGGGCGCCACGCGGUCGGCGGCUUCUGCGGAAAAGGCCCUUCUGCGGGGCGGGGGCGGCGCCGGACCGGACCGGACCAGACCGGACCGGACCGGGACCCCUGCGGGUUUUGUUACCGAGCGAAGGUGGCGCACCGCGUAAACCGAGGAAAGCUGCAGCUGGUGUGCUGCAGUCGCAGGUUUCCCAGGAGAAAGAGCAGCUCGUCUGUCCCGACUGUCCAGCUUGUGCAGAAGGCUGACAGCCUGUCUCACUCUCAUCAGUGCUAUCCCACCAGCUCCUUUAGGAGAUCAGCACCACGUUUGGCCUGUUCUGAUCUUCCUGAUCCCCUCAUUUCUGUGCUGCAACACCACCGUCCACAAGAAGUCAGAGAGGAGAAAAGCUCUUUCCAGCGAGAUGGAGAAGGAAUUAAUUAUACCUCUGCCUCAUCCUGUGAGACCAGAAGACAUGGAGUAACUCUCUUUGACAGGUUGAGAGAGGAGCAGCCUGACUUCAAAGAAAAAAUAAUAGUAAUUACAAGUGAACUUACACAGCCUGAACUGGACCAUAGUAGCCCAAUCCAACAAAAACUUAUAGACUGCAUUAAUAUUAUAUUUCAUUGUGCUGCUACAGUCAGAUUCAAUGAAAUGCUAAGAGAUGCUGUUCAGUUAAAUGUGCUUUCCACGAAAACAGUUCCUCUCAUUGGCACACCAAAUGACGAAUCUAGAAGUAUUCAUACGUGUUUCGACUGCGUAUGCAUAUUGCAGUCGAAAACACAUUGAGGAAAUUGUUUGUCCACCUCCUGUUGAUCCCAAGAAACUGAUG